AUGACGUACGAAGAGAUGUCCGCGCGCCAUGAGAAGCAUGUUUUCCUUGGCAUCCUCUUCAUCAUCUCCGGGAUUUUCUUUGAGAUCUGCUAUAUGCUAUCAAUGUCCGUCAUCUGCACCAAGGAGUUCCUUCAGAUGUCCUGCUACAAGUUGAUGAUGUGUCUAGGCAUCAUCGACAUAAUCACUAUCCUGAUGAGUAAUUUCUUGUGCGGAUUCUUCUACAUCGUCGGCACGGAAUACUGUAUGUAUCCGCAUCUGAUUUAUCUAACCGGAGCGGUCGUGGAUGGAUUCUUCAACGCGUGUUGCCUCUGCUGUACUAUCCUGGUCUUCAACCGCUUGGUAGACAUCUGGAAGCCGCACAUCGGACAUAUGCUAUUUAAGGGUGGUCGUACCUGGAUCUGGGUGGGAAUCGUCAUUAUCUAUGCCCUCUGGUUCGCCACAUAUCCGCCACCAGCCCUGUUUAAUGCCGAUUACGGUACCGUCAUCUACCACCCACUGAUCCCGGGCAAGGAGCAUUUGGAGUACGGGUCAAUCUACCAAACGGUGAACAAUUUCGUCGUGGCCAUCGUCAUCUUCAGCUGCUACGCCUUGAUCUACAUCAUUCACUCGAUGCGCCUCAGAGGUCAGAGUGAUGCCAAGAUGCAGUCGAAGGUGCAGAGAAAGAUCAGCUGGGAGCUCACCCACGGAAUGCCCGCCAUCGUCUACCUGUUUUUGAACAAGACGAUCCAGCGUCGCGCCUUGAGAAAGGUAUCAAACUGCUUCAACUACAACAAAUCGGUGGCCUCCUUCUACUUGACGACCUCGACCGUCAAGCCAACGAUGCCCCAGACUUCUUCGACAAUCGAAAAACAUUCGAAGAGCGGCAGUAAUCAACAUGACGGCGAAACUGUCGUUUAU